GAGCGGAGGCUGCGAGCGCCGCCGCCAGAGAAGACCGACGCUCGGCCGGAGCUCGUCUGUGGCGCCCGGGCCUGCCGGCCGCUUCCCGCCUCGGCCUCCACCGCCGCCGCCGCCGAGGAACGCACGGCCCCUCGGCCCUGCCUGGCCCGCCGCGGCCCGGAGCCGCCGCGCCGGAGGACCCCUGCAGUGGACCAUGAGUCGGUAAUGCCCACUGAGGACCUCUGGGAGCCAUGUCAGACGAAUCCGCCUCAGGGAGCGACCCGGACCUGGACCCGGACGUGGAGCAGGAGGAUGAGGAAGAGGAGGAGGAGGAGGAGGAGGUGGCAGUCGGGGAGCUCGGCCAGGAAGACGAGGAGGACCUGCUGGAAGACCCAUCCUUGGAAGACAUGUGUGGCACUGAGUGUGCCCAGCUGGGGGAAGAUGGGCAGCGGCCACCACGGUGCACUUCAACUACCUCAUCUCAGUCUGAGCCUUCAGAGCAGCGUAGGCGCCACCAAGGCAAGAGCCUAGCCUCUGAGGACCCCAAAAAGAAGAGAGCUCAGAAGCCCUCCCACAUGAGGAGAAACAUACGAAAGCUGCUCCGGGAGGAUCAGUUGGAGCCAGUUACCAAAGCAGCACAACAGGAAGAGUUGGAAAGAAGGAAACGCCUAGAGCAGCAGAGGAAGGAUUAUGCAGCCCCCCUUCCCACCGUUCCCUUGGAAUUUCUUCCCGAGGAAAUUGUCUUAAGAGCAAGCGAUGGUCCCCAACUGCCUCCUCGGGUCUUGGCCCAGGAAGUCAUUUGUUUGGAUAGUAGCAGUGGCAGUGAGGAUGAAAAAAGCAGUCGAGACGAGGUGAUCGAACUGAGCUCUGGAGAGGAGGACACUCUGCACAUUGUGGACAGCAGUGAGUCUGUGAGUGAGGACGAUGAGGAAGAGGAGAAGGGCGGUACCCACGUGAAUGACGUCUUAAACCAGCACGAUGCUCUGGGGCGGGUCCUCGUCAAUCUCAACCACCCUCCGGAGGAGGAGAAUGUCUUCCUGGCCCCGCAAUUGGCACGGGCAGUGAAACCUCAUCAGAUUGGCGGGAUCCGGUUCUUGUAUGAUAACCUGGUUGAGUCCCUGGAGAGGUUUAAGACCAGUAGUGGCUUUGGCUGUAUCCUGGCCCACAGCAUGGGUCUAGGGAAAACUUUGCAAGUGAUCUCCUUCGUCGACGUCCUGUUCCGCCACACGCCAGCUAAAACUGUCCUUGCCAUUGUGCCGGUUAAUACUCUUCAAAAUUGGCUGGCAGAGUUCAACAUGUGGCUCCCAGCUCCUGAAGCCCUCCCAGCUGACAACAAGCCUGAAGAAGUCCAGCCUCGGUUCUUUAAAGUUCACAUCUUGAAUGAUGAGCACAAGACAACGGCAGCUCGUGCUAAAGUGAUGGCUGAUUGGGUGUCAGAGGGUGGGGUGCUACUGAUGGGGUACGAAAUGUACAGACUCCUCACCCUGAAGAAAUCCUUUGCCACAGGGAGACCGAAGAAAACCAAGAAACGCUCUCACCCAGUCAUCAUUGAUCUGGAUGAAGAAGACCGACAGCAGGAGUUUCGCAGAGAGUUUGAGAAGGCCUUGUGCCGCCCUGGCCCCGAUGUGGUCAUCUGUGACGAGGGACACCGCAUCAAAAACUGCCAGGCCAGCACCUCGCAGGCCCUGAAGAACAUCCGCUCUCGUCGCCGGGUGGUGCUGACCGGGUACCCCCUGCAGAACAACCUCAUCGAGUACUGGUGCAUGGUGGACUUUGUGCGCCCAGACUUCCUCGGCACCCGGCAGGAGUUCAGCAACAUGUUUGAACGCCCCAUCCUGAACGGGCAGUGUAUUGACAGCACGCCUCAGGACGUCCGCCUCAUGCGAUACCGGAGCCACGUCCUGCACAGCCUCCUGGAGGGCUUUGUGCAGAGGAGAGGCCACACUGUGCUGAAGAUUCAUCUCCCUGCCAAGGAAGAAAAUGUGAUCCUGGUGCGGCUCUCCAAGAUCCAGCGCGAUUUGUACACACAGUUCAUGGACCGCUUCCGGGAUUGUGGCAGCAGCGGCUGGCUGGGGCUGAACCCCCUCAAGGCUUUCUGUGUGUGCUGCAAGAUCUGGAAUCACCCCGAUGUGCUGUAUGAAGCCCUUCAGAAGGAGAACCUGGCCAACGAGCAGGACCUAGACGUGGAGGAGCUUGGCUCGGCUGGGACUAGUGCCCGCUGCCCGUCACAGGGGACAAAGGGCAAGAGUGAGGAGAGCGCCUUGGCCUCCUCAAUGGGCGAGGCGACCAACAGCAAGUUCCUCCAGGGGGUCGGCUUCAGCCCUUUCCAGGAGCGAGGCAACAACAUUGUCACGUACGAAUGGGCCAAGGACCUUCUGACUAAUUACCAGACUGGAGUCCUAGAGAACUCACCCAAGAUGGUACUGCUUUUCCACCUGAUUGAGGAAAGUGUGAAACUUGGGGACAAGAUCCUCGUGUUCAGCCAGAGCCUUUCCACCUUGGCUCUCAUCGAGGAGUUCCUAGGGAAACGAGAGAUGCCCUGUCCACCUGGUGCUGAGGGGCAAGGAGCACAGAAGUGGGUUCGGAAUGUCAGCUACUUCCGGCUAGAUGGUAGCACCCCUGCCUUUGAGAGGGAGCGGCUCAUUAAUCAGUUCAAUGAUCCCAGCAACCUCACCACCUGGCUGUUCCUUCUCUCCACAAGAGCCGGGUGUUUGGGCGUGAAUCUGAUCGGUGCCAAUCGAGUGGUGGUGUUUGAUGCUUCCUGGAACCCGUGCCAUGAUGCUCAGGCAGUAUGUCGGGUAUACCGUUAUGGCCAGAGAAAGCCCUGUCACAUCUAUCGCCUUGUGGCUGAUUUCACCCUCGAAAAGAAGAUCUACGACCGUCAGAUUUCCAAGCAGGGCAUGUCAGGUAUCAACAUCCAGUUGAAAGGGAAGCAGCCAACACUGAAGAGUGAUGAGAAGCCUGUGGCCAGUGUUCGUCCAGUACAGUCCACCCCCAUCCCCAUGAUGCCCCGGCACGUUCCACUGGGAGGCAGUAUAAGCUCCGCCUCCAGCACAAACCCAGCCGUGAACUUCCCAAUCAACUACCUGCAGCGUGCGGGAGUCCUUGUGCAGAAGGUGGUCACCACAACAGAUAUUGUUAUUCCUGGACUCAACAGCUCCACAGAUGUGCAGGCAAGAAUCAGUGCCGGUGAGAGUAUCCAUAUCAUCCGUGGGACGAAAGGGACAUACAUCCGCACCAGCGACGGACGGAUCUUUGCCGUCCGGGCGACUGGUAAACCAAAGGCCCCUGAGGAUGGUCGGAUGACUGCCUCAGGUUCCCAGGGGCCUUCUCUCGAGUCCACAAGCAAUGGCAGACACAGUGCCUCAUCACCCAAAGCCCCCGACCCCGAGGGGCUGGCCAGGCCCGUCUCUCCGGACAGCCCAGAGAUCAUCAGUGAGCUCCAGCAGUACGCAGAUGUGGCUGCUGCCCGGGAAUCCCGCCAGAGCUCCCCAAGCUCCAAUGCCGCCCUGCCCGGCCCCCCAGCCCAGCUUGUGGACAGCACUGCUAUGCCUGGGCCAGCUCUCGGGACUGAGCCUCGCCAUGGGGGUCAUUGCCUCAAUAGUUCCCUCUUGGUGACGGGCCAGGCCUGUGGUGACAGGCACCCAGUGUUGGACUUAAGGGGCCACAAGCGAAAGUUGGUCACACCACCUGCUGCCCAGGAGUCAACCCGCCGGCGGUCCAGAAAGGGCCAUCUGCCAGCCCCCGUGCAGCCGUAUGAACACGGGUAUCCAGUUUCUGGCGGGUUUGCCAUGCCACCCGUCUCCUUAAACCAUAACCUCACCCCCCCGUUCACCUCCCAGGCUGGGGAGAACUCCCUGUUUCUGGGCAGUUCCCCCUCCUACUACCAGCUGUCCAAUUUGCUGGCAGAUGCCCGCCUGGUGUUUCCAGUGACUACUGACCCUCUGGUGCCAGCAGGCCCCGUCAGUUCCUCUUCCACGGCUACCUCAGUCACUGCCAGCAACCCCUCCUUCAUGCUCAACCCCUCUGUUCCAGGGAUCCUACCCAGCUACUCACUCCCGUUCUCACAGCCACUCCUGUCCGAGCCGAGGAUGUUUGCGCCUUUUCCUUCCCCUGUCUUGCCCAGCAACCUUUCACGGGGCAUGUCUGUCUACCCAAGCUACAUGUCCUCACAUGCAGGCUACCCAGCUGGCGGCCUCCUCCGGUCCCAGGUGCCUCCAUUUGACUCUCAUGAGGUUGCUGAGGUGGGCUUCAGCUCCAAUGAUGAUGAGGAUAAGGACGAUGAUGUGAUAGAGGUCACUGGGAAAUAGCUGGGGAGCCCCUCUCCACCUCACUCGGGGUCCCAGCGGGUUGCCCACCAGGCUGGAAAGCAGUGAUCUGGGCUUUCUGAGAAGUGGGCACUUGGCAGGAGGGAGAAGGAAGAGGGCAAAGAAGGGUGGUUGAACGUAGUGGUAGGCUCUGUUGCAGUUUAACAAGAGGCAAAAAAAAAAAAA